UUUACUGUUCAUUCCCUGCUAAUCCUUUAUACAAGCUAGAGGCAGUAUGAACACUUGUGGCUCGCAAGCAAGACGAUAAAUCAUUAAUAUAUAAACGCCCAAUGAAGAACGAUGACGGUGCGCUGUUUGUUUCUGCAAAUUAAAAAGAUUCAGCUUUCCUACAUUUCUCCUCAGCCUCUCACGUUGCAGUAACAAAUCAGCAGUGUGCUGGGCGUCCAUGACGAGCCGCUGACGCUGCCUCAGCCUCCCCACUGGAAGAGGACCCGUAGAAAAGCAGAAAAAAACCCCGUAGACUGGAGACUCUAUUCAAGGUGAAGGCUAGUCUUGUGGCACGGCGUUCAGAAAUUGAAAGAGCAAUCCACGUGAAACUGAAGACAUGGAGGUCCCACGCAUGGGACAUAGCAUAAGCAGUCCCACCAGCCCGUGUGAGGACAUGAUCAAGAAUCUGAGCUUGGAGGCGAUUCAGCUCUGUGACAGAGAAGGAAAUAAAUCCCAGGAUAGUGGGAUUGCCGAGAUGGAGGAGCUUCCAGUGCCACAGAACAUCAAAAUAAGCAACAUCACAUGUGACUCCUUCAAGAUAUCCUGGGAUAUGGAUCCCAAAUCCAGGGACCGUAUCACACACUACUUCAUUGACCUAAACAAGAAAGAGAACAAGAACUCAAACAAGUUCAAACAUAAGGAUGUUCCCACAAAACUUGUGGCCAAAGCCGUUCCUCUUCCCAUGACUGUCAGAGGGCACUGGUUCCUGAGUCCUCGCACGGAAUACACGGUCGCCGUGCAGACAGCGUCCAAGCAGAGCGAUGGGGACUACGCUGUUUCGGAGUGGAGCGAAAUCAUAGAGUUCUGCACUGCGGAUUACUCGACAGUGCAUCUUACACAGUUGUUAGAGAAAGCUGAAGUGAUUGCUGGCAGAAUGCUGAAAUUUUCAGUGUUCUAUCGCAACCAGCAUAAAGAAUACUUUGAUCAAGCCAGAGACAUGCAGAACAAUAAGAUGCUACCAUCAGUGAAGGAUAACAGUGGCAGUCAUGGAUCCCCCAUCAGUGGAAAACUGGAGGGCAUCUUCUUCAGCUGCAACACUGAGUUCAACACUGGGAAACCGCCACAAGACUCACCGUACGGAAGAUACCGGUUUGAGAUCCAGGCCGAAUGCCUUUUUAAUCAAAAGACUAACCUCUACUUUGGGGACUUUUACUGCAUGUACACCGCCUACCACUAUGUCAUCCUGGUCCUGGCCCCUGCUGGGUCUGUGGGCGACGAGUUCUGCAAACAGCGCCUGCCUGCGCUGAACAUCGCAGACAACAAAUUCCUGACCUGCACCGAGGAGGAGGGCCGGCUGGUGUUCCACCACGCGCAGGAUGUCAUAUUGGAGGUGAUUUACACCGACCCCGUCGACCUUUCUCUGGGAACAGUCACUGAGAUCAGUGGCCACCACCUAAUGAGUUUGUCCACGGUAAACGCAAAGAAAGAUCCCAGCUGCAAAACCUGCAACAUCAGUGUUGGACGCUAACCUGUACCGCUGUGCAAACCCACACAGAUCGUCUAACCCCUUUAAUGUUCCAUCUCACCUUGUUCAGACUCUUCAGAAGCAUGCAGAUGCAGCUUUGUACCAAACAGCAGUUGUUUCUUUUGAGGGUUACUUUUUUCUAUCCUGAGUAGAUUUGUUCGUGUUUCUGUUUUUUUUUUUGGGAGGUAUUUGUGAAGUCGCUGCCAAAUCAGACAUUAACAAAGCUUCUUUACCCCCCUCCUGGCUGUGAUGCUUAACAGACCAUUUCUCCAGUUUUAGAGCUGCAAUGUAUUGUUUUGCCAAAGAUAACAAAAACCGAUUGAAACCGCUGUAGAAAAGCAAUGGUAACAGCUUCUAAAUGGCAUUUUAAAUGCAUAUUAAUUUUAUCUUGUGAUUAAAAUUAAUUACUGGGUAAUUUAAAAGAGCAUGAUAGGAUGUACUUGCGGCAUGAAUUUAAUAUUGAAAAAACUAGAAAUGUCAGCACUUCCAACUUGUUGUUCAACAGUGUUACAUGUUAUUUAUUAUAGUUAACAGAAACCAUAUACUGUGUUUAAACAUAAUAAAUGUGAUAGAAAAAAUAUUUAUUUUACUGUUGUAUAAAAAUUUUACAAACCAGAAGUGCACAAUAUCAAGGAUUCCAACCAUAGCAAUCAAUGCAGUUUGGGAAAACAAUUUUCAAGCUGAUGGAAAAACAAAUAGGAAAUUGCAGCCAUCAGUUGCACUAAGCUAAAAAGAUCAAGCUAUCUUACAUGAUACCAUUUUAAUCAGAAAGCUUAAGACUGUUAAUUUGUUAUUAAUGUAUGGGGCAUAGCAAGCUUUAUAUAAAAUAUCUACCACAUCUGAUCAUUAAAUCACAACAUUUGUAAGAUCUUUAAAUGAUUCACAUGCAUAUACACUUUACAACAGUGUAAAGGUUGUUUGUAAUCCAUCAAAAUAUUUCCAUCAGCAGAUUUUAGAUUGUUUUUUAACAAUCACCAGAAUUGCACUUAACAGAAAGCAUCAUUUGAGCAUAAACUACUAUAUACCUAUAAUAGCUAUAGUAAUUUUCACUUUUCACAGAACAAAAUAUUACAGUGAAGAAAAUAUUGCAGUGAAAAAUGAAAAAAAAAACCACAACUGUUACCAUAUUGCAGAUACAUUCCCAAAACUGAAACAGAACUUAAAAACAUUUUUUGGAUGCAACAUAGUACUCUAAAAAUGCAUUAUGCAGACUAAUAUUUUGUAUUGGAUUUAUCCUAUAUAAUUAACCCAAGGUCUUGAGGAUGUUUCAGAAAGAGAUGCCCUUCUUUGCUCCUCUUUAACAAACUCUUAAUGCCUUAUCUUUAUUGCCAUUUUUCAUUAUUUUUACAAGGAUGUCCAAGCUUCCCAAAACUUAAGUGACAUAGUGACAUUUUAUGUUUUUAAAUUUCUGAGCUUAAUAGCUGUGAAUUAGAGGUACUAAAUGUAAUAAGUAAUGUUUUGGUCUUCUGAACAGAUACUAGGUCUGACAUGCUUUUCUGAACUAAAUGCAGUUUUUUGAAGUAAUGGACAAAGGUGGAAAUAUAUUACUGUGAUUUUUAGAAGCAACAAAUGUUUGCAGACAAGUGUUCAAAUGAACUGGAUCCCCAUCCCUUUUUAUGUUAGUGAAAUUGUCCAUUCUAGUUUCAAGAUUACAGAAAAUGUAAAAUGCUAAUGAGAACAAAGAAAGAUGCAUAUUAUUUUGGCUUUGGUUUAAAAAAAGAGCAAUAAUAUGUUCCCCCUUCAGUAAAAAUAAAGUGCCAUAUUUUAGCAUAGAAACAAAUACCACUCUUGUGAACAAACGUCAGUUCUGUUUCAAAUGUUAUUUCCAUGUUUUCAAAAUAAACUAUUUUAGGAGCUACAUUAGCUACAUAAGUAGUCAUAGUGCAUGUUGCAGCUUUUUCACAAACGACGAGAGGCAUUUGAAAUGUCCGUUGCUAAGCAACAGUUGAAUAUGUUGCCAUCUUUUCAUUUUGUCAACCAGGGUGAUUAUUAGUAAAGUGCAUCGUAGUGUCUGUAGGGCACAAACAAGUUCAAUAGAAAACAUCUUUCAAUGCUAAUGUCUUAACAGGUCUUCAAAAUAAAAAAAGGUAAUUCAUCCCUCAAA